AAGAAGGAAAAAUUCAGGAACCUUCUAAUAUGUGAUAUUGAGUAGUCUAAUUUAUAGUUUAUUAAUUGUUUUAGGUAUUUGAAAGUGUUAUUAGUUGGGUAAAAUAUGAUUUGGGUUCAAGACAAUGUGUUUUAUCUCAAUUAAUGCAACAUGUGCGGUUACCAUUAACAUCGAAGGAUUACAUAUUAAAAAAAGUAGCUGAAGAACCUCUUAUAAAGAAUUGUUUAAAAUGUUAUCAUUAUGUAUUGGAGGCAUUAAAUACACUCAAAUCAGAAUACCAUAUUCCACAAUGCAUCCAGGAUAAACCCAGACACGGGGAAAAAGUAUAAUUCUGUAUAAUUUAU